UUUCUUACCCCAACAUAACAACAAUCAAAUAAUAAUAGAGCGAAACCAUACAAAAACAUCCUUUUCUUGAAAAAAAACCCAUUAAUAAUUUACAUCGUCUACUUCAACUUCAACCUUUCUUCCUUCUUAUCAACUCCUUAACUCUUCUUGCUCGCAUUCACUACUACUUGCUGCCGAUACGCGAUACACAUCAUACAUCAUUGAACUAGUUACCGGUACAUGAACUGUUUGUUUAUCGUAUCCGAAAUUAGAAUCAUUUCUUCACCGAUAUCAUUAGACGGUCCUUCCGCCGACUGAUAUAUUUAUAAUACUGCAGGCCUGCGUUUGUUUAUGCAGAGCCAUUGAAGCUUCCCGUCUUCCCGUCCGAGUCUAUACUUGACGGGGUAAUCAAAGCCAGCUCUUGAGCCGGAAACAACAAAGGAAGUGCAGCAGAAGUAGCAGAAGCAGCGAUAACGUCAGCAUUGAAGAUGCCGCCUUCGAGGAGCUCCCCCUCGGGUCAGGUCAUUGAGUAUAUUCCAGACCGCCUUUACCUAGCAUCCUACAUUCAUCCUCCCACAGCCGACACCGUCUUUCCCUACUCCGAACCCCCAACUCGCUCGCCAAGUAAACGAUCGCAAAGAGCUGUCGACGGGCCUUCGCCUGCAGUGUCUAAGUCGGACCGACAUCCCCCAUACUACUUUACAGUCGAUGACAGCCUCUUAUACAACGCCUUCCACCACGAUUUUGGUCCACUUCACAUCGGUCAUUUGUACCGUUUUGCCCUGCAUUUUCACGAUGUUCUUGGCGCAAAGGAAAACCAGCAUAGACCUAUUGUAUUUUGGAGCCGUGCAGACCCGAGGAGCCGAGCCAACGCCGCUUGUUUACUCGCUUGCUACAUGGUUUUGAUUCAGUCUUGGCCACCUCACUUGGCCCUGGCACCGAUUGCGCAGGUUGAUCCGCCUCUAAUGCCUUUCCGCGACGCUGGUUACAGUCAAGCGGAUUACGGUAUCACUGUGCAAGACAUCGUGUACGGUGUCUGGAAAGCCAAGGAGGAAGGUUGCUGUGUCCUGGACAACUUCGAUCUUGACGAAUACGAAAAGUUUGAACGCGUCGAACAUGGCGAUUUCAACUGGAUCACGCCUCAUUUCCUGGCAUUCGCAUCUCCGCAGCAUAGCCCGGUGGCACGCAUCACCGAGUCGUCAGAAUUAUAUGAUUCUCUUCCCAAGACACUCUCCGCGGUCGAUUCUCACCCAAGCCUCCCUCAGUCAUUCAAGAACGUACUAAGCCACUUUUCUGAGCGCAGCAUUGGCCUAGUUGUUCGACUUAACUCACCUCUAUACUCCCCAUCUUACUUUGAGGCAUUAGGGAUCCAACAUCUCGAUAUGAUUUUUGAAGAUGGUACUUGCCCUCCCUUAAGCACCGUUCGAAAGUUCAUCAAGCUUGCGCACGAGACGAUUACUAUUCGGAAGAAGGGGAUUGCAGUUCACUGUAAAGCUGGUCUUGGAAGAACCGGAUGCUUGAUUGGGGCAUACCUAAUCUACCGCCAUGGAUUCACAGCAAAUGAGGUCAUUUCCUUCAUGCGUUUUAUGCGCCCCGGUAUGGUUGUUGGCCCUCAACAGCAUUGGUUGCACAUCAAUCAAGGAGUUUUCCGCGAGUGGUGGAUCGAGGAGAGACUGGAGAGGAAGUUAAGAAAGGAGCUCGCGGCGGCGAACCAGGCACCCAGCACGCCCAUCCGAGCAAUGCAGAAGGCUACUCUAAGCCGAAGCGCUCAGGCAUCUACACCUCCCAGCAGAAGCCCAUCAAACCGUACGCCUCUCGGCGAAAUGGAUGGUGAAAGGCGUAAUGCGGGUGCGCAAGAGGACUACCUACCGGCCCCGACGCCAGGUCAGCCUCGGAAGACGAGUCGUAUAGACCGACACCAUCCUUACCAGCGCAACUCGGUUCAGCCUUCCCCGGUCGAGGAGGAACGCGAGGGGGCUGAGAAAGAGACGGAGGUCAUCUCCGUCCACAGACGGUCUAACGAUACCGAAUCCGAAGAGGAAUGGCUCCUACGCAUGCGAACCCAUCGCAAGACAUCGCACUCACCAGGCCGCAGUGAAAAGACGAGAUCAGUAAGCCAAAGCACGACAACCACAAUAUAUAAGGUCAUAGACAAUGAUGCAUCUAAUGACGCUGAGAACAUUGGCAGUGCUCGGCCAAAGACCAUUGUGGACCAUGUCACCGGCUCGCCAACGCGGUCGGCGAGCGCCUCGGGCAUAUUGACCAAGGUCAGGAGCAGCAAGCGAACGGCCGAAUCUAGCCGCAGCAAGGAUUCAGCGGGCGUGCGCAAGACGAGCGGUCGGGUUGGUAGUAUCAACGCCAACUCAAAUGUUAGCUCAACGGCACGCAAGGUAUCCGCGAUAUAGGAGACCGAGUCCUUGCUGUUACCGAAUUGAGCGUUAACGUCUGCUUGAUGUUGCGUUUUUAAUGGCAUAUUCGAUGAUAAUUAAACCCCACGGACCAGCUAUUUUCACGAUGAUGACUAUGACGACCAAGUCACGGUUCCCUGCAUAUGCGUUUGGCGUUUGGUAUCGACGAGGUAUAUGAAUUUUCCUCGGCAGAGACGAUGGACCUUACUUCUUCUCCCUCCGCAAGGCCCCCUGGCUGUUAUGCUGGCAUUUCUCACCGGCGAGCUCUCCCACAUUGAAAUGUUUGAAUGACUAGGGCGUUACGGACUUACUAAGGUAUUGGCUUGGAAUGAAUGGACAUGAGCAUUGUUUUUAAUCUGGACUGUCUCACUCGCCAUGUUGCCUAUCUUGACUUCGUAACCGAAGUUAAGUUGGAAAGCGGAUGCGAGCAGAGCAUUGGAGUAAAAGGGGGAGGAUCGAGUUGAAGUAACAUUGCUUUCUGCUGUUUAGAUAAAUGAGUACGUGCAUAUGAUGAAUAUUUUCUUCGUUCAAUUCUGUUUCGUUUCUUCAGGCGGUGAACCGUGCAUGCGAUUUGAACAAGGCUCUGUAUCUCGACCGAGGUCGGCAUGAGAGAUGUGGAUGAAAAUAGAAAGAUGAGCGACAACCCCGGUCCGUUCCCUGUCUAGUU